GGAGGAAGUGACGGGCUGGGGAAGGGGGGAGAAACGAGGGAAGAAGAGCCCGCCGAGGGCUUGAAUGAAAAAGGACCAGCCGACGUCUCGCCGAGCCAGCUCGACGGGGCCGGGGGGCGCGGAGGGUCGGGCCGUUUUCUUCCCACCUUCCACCGCCCCUCCGCGCCCCCCGCCCCAUGCCCUGAGCCUGCGGGGGGUGAUGCGGGGCCCGCGGCACCGGUUGCCGGCGCUGCCCGCCCUGCUCUGGCUGGCGCUGGCCCCGCUGCCCGGAGCUCCCGGAGUGCCCGGAGCUCCCGGAGCUCCCGGUCCCGCCGCACGGGCCGAGCUGCGGGUGCGGGUUCGGCUGCCCGGGGGGCAGGUGACCGAGGAGAGCCUGCAGGCCGACAGCGGCUCCGACUGCAUCAGCCUGGAGCUGCGCACCGCCGACGGAGCCCUCGUUACUCUCACCGCCGACUUCAGACAGGAGGUGAAGAUCUUUCGUGCCUUAAUCCUGGGGGAGCUGGAGAGGGGCCAGAGCCAGUUCCAAGCCCUGUGCUUCGUCACGAGGCUGCACCGCAACGAGAUCAUCCCCAGCGAGUCCAUGGCCAAGCUGCGGCAGAAAAACCCCAGGACAGUGAGGCAGGCUGAGGAGGUGCGGGGCCUGGAGCAUCUCAGCAUGGAUGUAGCUGUCAACUUCAGCAAGGGAGCCCAGCUGAGCUCUCACAUCCACAAUGUCUGUGCAGAGGCCAAAGAAGCAAUUUACACUCGAGAAGAAGAUGUCAAAUUUUGGCUGGAGAAAGGGGUGGAUGGCUCCAUGUUCGAGGUCCUGCCCCAGACAGCUGACCUGCCUGGCCUGCAGCGCUGCAGGCUGAGCUCUGAGCUCUGGAAACCCUGCAUCUGCAGCUACUCCCUGAGCAUCGAGUGGUACCCCUGCAUGCUCAAGUACUGCAAGAGCCGCGACGCUGCGGGCAAAGUCUCCUCUUACAAGUGCGGCAUCCGCAGCUGCCAGAAGGGCUACACCUUUGAUUACUACGUGCCACAGAAGCAGCUCUGCCUCUGGGAUGAGGAGACCUAGCAGAGCCAGGCCGGAGCUUUUCAAGGGGCGACUCAUCUGCCUCCAUUUAUGAUCCUAAGAACCUCCUGGCGCUGGCUGCUCCAAAGAAGGAACGAGGUUCUCAGCGCUGCCUCGCACCAGGAGGGCUCUGUGCGUGAGUGCCUUGCCUUCUGGCCCCCUGAGACUCCCUCCCCGCCUCAUGCUGCCUCAUACUGUGACAAGCAGGCUCAGCUCACUGUGUUGGUGCUCUCCUGCCAGCUGCUGGGUGAUCUGGCUUCCUGGAAGCAGCAGGAGAUGCAGGUCUCCGGGGUGAAGCAGCGGGAGGGAUGUGUUCUGGAGUUGGCAGGUGUGAAAGGGGGAAGCUCGGAGCAGACACCAGCCUGGAGCGUCCUGCUGGGUGGUCAGGGUAGGGAGAGAAAUGGUCUCGAUGACCCAGGCUGUCAAUCACCACUGCCACUGAAGAAGCCCCUUCACUGAUUUCACCACCUCCUGGUGACACAACAGCAGUUCCCAAUGGGAAAGCAGCUGAUUUAUGGGACCACAUACCCUGAACAAGGAAGGUACGAAGCCCAAAGCAAGAGCCUGCCUGUAGCUUUUUCUAGUGGCCAACUGGCUUUCCCAUCCUUCCUGGGGCUAGAAGAUACAAUGGAGGGGAUGUAGCCCAGCAAUGACUUGGGCCCCUAAAGGGCUCUAAUUAAUCUCAGUUUUAGACUAGUGAAGGCCCAACUUUUUGUGUUGGUCCUGUGACUCUCCCACUAAGAAAGAAACAUCUGGAAGCUUGUGACUGCCAUCAUAGCACUGUGGUUGCAAGGGGAGGGGAUGAUAACACUGUCUUUUUGAAGAAGACAACAUCCAGUUUUGUGUCCUACUCUGCCAGCUACUCACAAGAAGCUCUUAGAUAAUUGUACUGCUUUGCUGUGCCUUGGUUUCCCCUAUAGGUAAAAUAGGGAUGACACUGAAGCUGACCUUGGCCCUCAUAUAUUCCUGGAGGGCAUCAGACAAAAAGCCCUGCAGGAGUGUUGCCUGGUUCCUGUGUCCUCUUCCACUCAAGUUAGAACAAGCAGGGAUGGGAGAAAGGCUGUUGGGGUCGUUGUGAACCCCUGUACCUCCUGUAAAAAGCCUUCACAAUGUGCCUUUUUGCCUAAACUACAGGAAUUUUGGGGAAAAAAACACCACCACCACAAUAUAAAGAAUUUGGUCACAAUUAUUUUUGUAUUGAUCACUUAAGUGGGGGGAGAAGGGAAAGGUAUUUUAAUAUUGCAACAUGAAGUAAAACACACUUGAAAUGAUUUUUUUAAAAAGCAAAUUAUUUAUCAUUUUUAAGGUAAAAUAAACUGGUUUUUUUUUUAAAGCA